AUGCCUGCCCCCGCCGCCUCCUCCGCCCUCUUCCAGCCGAUUAGGGUCGGUCGCCUCGAGCUCAAGCAGCGCCUCGCCAUGGCGCCCUUGACGCGCUUCCGCGCCGACGCACAGCACGUCCAUCAGCAGCCCGCGGUCGAGUACUACGGCCAGCGCGCGGGCGCCUCUGGCACUCUCCUCAUCACGGAGGCGACGUUUAUCGACCCGAAGGCGGGAGGAUACCCCAACGUCCCCGGAUGCUACAACCAGGAGCAGGUCGCAGCAUGGAAGAAGGUUGUCGACGAGGUCCACUCCAAGGGCUCGUUCAUCUACCUCCAGCUCUGGGCACUCGGCCGCGCCGCCGACCCCGAGAACCUCAAGAAGGAGUUCAACGCGGACGUCGUCUCGGCGUCGGACGUGCCGUUCGAGGGAGGAGCCAAGCCCCGCCCUUUGUCGAAGGAGGAGAUCCAGGACUACGUUGGCUACUACGCUCGCGCGGCGAAGCUCUUCGUUGAGGAGGCCGGCGGUGACGGUGUCGAGAUCCACAACGCCAACGGCUACCUCCUCGACCAGUUCCUCCAGACCAACUCGAACAAGCGCACCGACGAGUACGGUGGCUCGCUCGAGAACCGCGCCCGUUUCCCUCUCGAGGUCGCCAAGGCCGUCAGCGAAGCCGUCGGCGCCGACCGCGUCGGUAUCCGUCUCUCUCCUUACUCGACUUUCCAGGGAAUGAAGAUGCCGGAGAUCAAGGAUAUCAAGGAGACGUUCAGCUACUUCGUCACCGAGCUCCGCCAGCGUCACCCGGACCUUGCCUACAUCCACGCCGUCGAGUCUCGCAUCGCUGGAAACACGACUAUCGAGGUAGCCAAGGAGGAGAACCUGGACUUCCUGCACGAGCUCUGGACCCCCCGACCCUUCCUCAUCGCCGGCGGCUUCAAGCCCGACACCGCCGUUACUGCCGCCGAGCACUACGCCAACUCGGUCGUCGUCUUCGGUCGCUACUUCAUCUCGAACCCGGAUUUGGUGAAGCGGAUCAAGGAGGGCAUCGAGUUGACGGAGUACAACCGCGAGACCUUCUACCUUUACGGCCCCGACAAGACCGAGGGAUACACCGACUACCCAUUUGCGGACGAGAAGAAGAACUAG